AUGGCGUCCUACAUGCGGCUUUGCGAAGACUGUGAUCGCCUCCAGUCAUACCCAUCGGCCUGCUACAAGCUUCUCAUGGGAGGUUAUGACGGCGUGUUUGGCCACCUCAUCGAACCCACCGUGAACAAGUUUUCCUGGAACGACGACUGGGAAGUCAACCACGAACACAAGACCGUCAAGCUUCUCAAGACUACCUUUGAAAAACGCCGGGACGCCAUUGAUCACCUACUGUCUGCUGAAAGAGAGAAGGGAACAUUUAGGGUUCUGAAUAAAUGGACGGGAGAGAGGUUUCCCGUCUUCGGGCCGAAUAGAGAACUCGUCGCAGACAUCGAGCGCUCAGCCUCUGGCCUUUUCGGAACUGUUACCUACGGAGUUCAACUCAUCACGUACCGAGAGGACGAGGACGGCCUGCUCAUAUGGGCUGCUCGUCGCUCGCCGAAAAAGACGCUGUACCCAGACAGGCUUGGCGCGGGACUCGAGUCCCAGUUGGUGGAAUCCCACGCAGUGUCUGUCGGCACCAUCAGCUACGUCACCUCUUCCGAGGCUAAGACCACCAGCGGUGGAGAGUCUGGAUUGAUUCGGGCCGAGAUCCAAUAUAUCUACGAUAUGAAAGUGGGCAAGGACGUGAUCCCCACACCUAACGACAUGGAGGCUUCAAAUAUCAGCCUGUACUCUGUCAACGAUAUCAAGAGAGCUCCUGAUGAUGGAGACUUCACUCCUGCGAAUGCUUGCCUCAUGCUGGACUUCUUGAUCCGCGAUGGUCUCGUCACCUAUGAGAACGAACCCAGGUACAACGAGAUCAUAAGCCGCCUGCACCGGCCUCUGGGCACUUACACAGCCUGA